ACACGUUCAUAGUCAACUAGUACCCGAAUGCUAACCCCACCUGAAAACAAGCAAGCCCACGAACCGGGCCCAUGGGCGAUGGCCACUGCCGCGCGACGCUCGCGCCUCGCCGGUCUCCUCCUCCUCGCCUCCCGCACAAACCCUAAAUCCCUCCCCUCCUUCUCAUCCUCGUCCAGCUCCGGGCCUUCCAAGACCGCCCGCGUCCGCGAGGACGACCUCCUCUCGCGGCGCCUCCUCCGGCUCCACUUCCGCCCGCCGCGCGGGGGCGCCGCGGCCGCCGUCGAGAGAUGGGCCCGGGAGCGCGGCCACGUCUCGCAGCCGGAGCUCCGUCACGCAGUCGCGCAGCUGCGGCGCGCGCGCCGCUACGAGCACGCACUCGAGAUUUUCUCCUGGAUGGACUCAUGCAACUCUCUUGAAUUGUCAUCAUGGGAUCAUGCAGCAAGACUGGACUUGAUUGCUAAAGCUCACGGAACUUCUCAAGCCGAGGAAUACUACAAGCAACUACAGAGCGCUGGUGCCAAAAGGGCUGCAUCGUUCCCUCUCCUCCAUUGCUAUGUUACAGAAAGAAAUGCACAGAAGGCUGAAACCUUUAUGGCUGAGUUGCAGAGUUGCGGUCUGCCUGUUGAUCCUCACUCAUUCAAUGAAAUGAUGAAGCUGUAUGUUGCAACCUGUCAGUAUGAGAAGGUCCUUAGUGUAAUUGAUCUCAUGAAACGGAACAACAUUCCCAGAAAUGUUCUCUCCUACAACCUUUGGAUGAAUGCAUGUGCUGAAGUCUCUGGUGUUGCCUCUGUACAAUCAGUGUUCAAGGAGAUGGUGAAUGAUGAUAUGGUCGAGGUUGGUUGGAGCACAUACUGCACAUUAGCCAAUAUCUUGAGGAUGCAUGGACUCGAUACUAAAGCGCGGACUUGCCUUAGGAAAGCUGAAACAAAACUGUCCUCAACAGGGCGCUUAGGAUACUCUUUUAUAAUGACAUGUUAUGCGGCUCUGAAUGACAGCGAGGGGGUUAUGAGGCUGUGGGAGGCUAGUAAAAGUGUCCCAGGCAGAACCCCCACUGCAAACUACAUGAGUGCUAUCUUAUGUUCGAUAAAAGUUGGCGACAUAAGCCAGGCCGAGUGGAUCUUUGGAACAUGGGAAGCAGAGUGCAGGAAGCAUGAUGUGCGUGUUUCGAAUAUUCUUCUUGGCACUUAUGUGAGGAAUGGGUGGAUAGAGAAGGCUGAGAGGCUCCACCUCCACAUGCUAGAGAAAGGCGCGCGUUCAAAUUACAAGACAUGGGAGAUAUUGCUGGAAGGAUACGUUCAGAGUAGGCAGAUGGACAAAGCUGUGGAUGCAAUGAAGAAAGGUUUAUCUUUGUUGAAGAGUUGCCAUUGGAGACCUCCACUUGAACUGGUGGAGGCCAUUGCAAAACAUUUCGAGGAGCAUGGCAAUGUGGAUGAUGCAAAUAGAUACAUUAAGGUUCUCCAAAGGUUGCAGCUGACAAACUUGCCCCUGUACAAGUCAUUGCUUCGAACAUACAUUAAUGCUGAUGUUGUGGCACCGAAUAUUUCUGAGAUGAUAGCAAGAGAUCAGAUUGCUAUGGACGAAGAAAUUGACCAAUUGAUCAUACAUGCUAGCAAGAUAGUUAUCACAUGCAAUGGAUAGCCUUUUAACUGGAAGUCUGGAACAAGCAAGCAACCAACAGUCAAAUGAUAAAUAACAUUCAGUUGACUUUGUCAAUUACAGCUGCAAAGUGCAGAGUGGCAAGUUGAACCUGCAGAUUAUAUUGCAAAAACUGAGCUGCUGGCGUCCCUGCCCGGUGUGCCUGCUAACCUGAGCAGCUCUACCUCCCUAUUAAUCCUAUGGUGUAUUUGGAAGAAAAUCUAUGAUGGCAUCUCAACCGACACAGACGCAUGCUUGCAACUUCUCAAGAUUACCUGAACCUUUGGACUAUCAGAGAUCCCUCGAGCCUGGAUCUCCAUUCUCCAAUCACUUAUUUAGUGGCGCAACCAAUAUUGUGAUGCAAUAACAUAGCUUGCUAAUUUGUUCCCUCCGCCUCUGUAUCCGCAGAAAGCUGGUUUGCAGCUUCACCUUCUGCGUGUAACAUUUCUGACCACUGAGACCGCAAAAACUUGCUCUGCAAUGGUUUUGAGCAGAGUGACUUGCCGUUUUAUAGAGUUGGAGAUCUCCAGUGCCAUUUGUAAAUAGAUGAGCCAGAGAAGUUCGGAGUGCUACAUGUUCUUGGCAUAACCCUUUGUUUUUAUUUUUCAAUGUUGUUCUUUGGAAAUCAACUUUGAUAUAUUGUUUUGCAUGAAGUCUGUUUGUCAGCUCA